CCUCCUCUUCCUCUUCCUUCUCCUCCUCCUUCUCCUCCUCCUCCGUAUCAAUGUUGACUCAAGCCUGACACAUCCUCGGUCUUCCAUAUCGCCAUCCAGUGCACCGCACUGCCUCUCAUCUUUCCCGUGGCCGAGACAUGGCGGAGACUACCAGCGGUGGCUUUUCCCUCAUGCAGGUGCUGAAGACGUUGGCGCUGUGCGCAGGCUACAUCGCGCUGAGCGGUGGUCUCAUCAACUUCAACAAGUACCUCAUGCACAAGGGGCGCUUCCCGCACCCUAUGGCGCUGACGGCCAUGCACAUGUUCGCCAGCCUGGUGCUCACCUCGCUGGUGCUGCUGGUGCGGCCGUCCGCCAUGCCAAGCGUGGAGGCGUGCAAGGGGAAGAUGACGAAGCUCUACAAGUAUCUGGCGCCAAUCGGCUUCCUCUUCGCAAUCAUGCUGUACGGCUCCAACAGGGCCUACCUGUACUGCAGCGUCGCGUUCCUGCAGUUCAUGAAGGAGGCUAACGUCGUGCUCGUCUUCACCUUCUCCGCGCUGGCUGGGCUGCAGUUCUUCAACCGCCAGCGCGUCAUCGUGAUCGCUUGGGUGAUCCUGGGCUCCUCCCUCUGCGUUCACGGGGAGCUGAACUUCGUGUUCAUCGGCUUCGCGCUGCAGGGCGUGUCCCAGCUCGCCGAGUGCGCGAGGGCUGUCGUCGCCGAGCUCGUGCUCACGGGGAGCGAGUUCAAGCUGGAUCCGCUCAGCUACACCUUCUUCAUGGCCCCCGUGUGCCUGAUCGUCCUUGGCAUCGGAAACGUCAUCACCUGGGACCACUCUGUCAUCACCGACCUGGCGGUGUGGUGGCCGUACCUCAUCCCGAACGCUUGCAUCGCGUUCUGCCUCAACGUGAUGAUCGCCCAGGUGAUCAAGGAGACCUCGGCGGUGGGGUUCAUCAUCACCGGAGUGGUGAAGGACAUCUGCCUGGUCGUCUUCUCCUCGGUGUUCUUCCACGACUCGAUCACCGCUAAUCAGUGGCUUUCCUUCUCCGUCACGCUCAGCGGGGUCUUCUUCUGGUCGUUCAUGAAGGUCUUCCCAGACCACGCGGCGGUGAAGACCUUCGAGAAGAUGGUAGGCAUUGGCUACGGCCCGUUCCCAGGCGCGCCGCUGGGCAAGAAGCAGAUCGAGAGCGAGGCCACGCCGCUGCUGGGGGAGAAGAAGGUCUGAUCGGUGCCCGCCCGCGUCACGUUUUUCGGGCCCACUGCCGCCACCCUCAGGCAGUUCGGAGCUUGGUGUCAGAGGAAAACAGGUAUGCGUGUUUAUGUAUAUUCUCCAAUCAGAGCUUGCCUCUGUAGGCGUCUUAGCGGAUUCAUAUGGUUAGGUGUGCUUUGCCGCCGAU